AUGUCUCAUAAGUAUAUCUCAUGUGAUAUGUGCAGUGCACCGUCCUGGCACACUGCUGACAUGAGUGCUGACAGAAAGAAGAAGAAAAUAAUCGCAGAUUAUCACAAGUAUCUGAAAAAUGAAAAAAAAAACUUAUCCGAAUGGUCCAGCAGUUUGAAGAAGAUCUAUGAGUCAGAGGGCCAAACUGCAUUAAACCCCAAAAAGAAAAAGAUGAAGAAGAAAGUCUCUAUGUAUCACAAUGAAAUGAAGGAAUUCAAAAAAAGAAAUGAAGAAAAAUUGAAGAAAAAACAGGCGUUUUUAGAAAAGAAGAAGGAGAUGGAAGAUGCAACGAGGCGUUAUCAAGCCGAUCAGAAACGGAAAAGGAAGUUGCUGUACAAAAAGAAUUACAAAGGCCAGCCAAAAAUGGAGGCUCGCAUGCAGCUGCUUCUGGAAAAAAUUGAAAAAUCGUCAAAAUACACUCCAUAA